GGGGAGGUUUAAAGCAAUACGUAAAAACCCGCUGGACAACAGCUUUUGAUUGCACUAAUUCCAUAGUUAGAUGUCAAAUGGCAAUGAAACAUUUAGUUGAAAAUAAAUCAUAUUUAUUUAGUAAUAAAAUUUUGUCCAUUCUACGAUGUCGUACCUUUUAUCGUAAUAUUGAAGAUCUUCAAACUAUUCUUGAACCAAUCAAAAAAGUGGUGGUUACUCUUGAACAUAAAAGUGCUACAUUGGUUGAAUGUUUUAUUCAUCUUAUGAAGCUAGGAAUAAUGAUUAAGGAAUUUCCACCAGGAAAUAUAUCUUUUAAAGAACAGUGUCAAGAAAUAUUUGAUAAACGUUGGGGGCAAUUCAAUUUUGAGUUGUAUUUGCUUGCUUUUUUUUUACAUCCCCAACACCAAG